CUCCUAGGUAUUCUAAGUCUUGUUAAAGAGGGCUUAUGGUAUUCUCAGACUUAUAUAGAACAGAAACACACACACACACACUAAUGUCUUGUUGGGAAGAGGCUUAUACUGUUACAAGGAUCAAGGAACACUGUUGACUCUAUGUAGCCAAUGUGGAGGAAGGACAAAGAGAUGCCCUCCACCUGUCUGAACAAGACUGGACUGUCUGAAGAUUUAUAUAACUGGCUGACGCACACUAUCAGACAGUUAUUGGCAUGACCAACAAUCACACGCCCAUACACACUCUUUUGUACUUGCCUCCUGCCUCACAGCAAAACAAGAACCAAGGGAAUAGUGAGAAACAGCAUUUGAAUCACUUGAUCAUUUGAACUUUCUUCAGCCACUCAACAGGAUACAGUUAUGACUGGCCAACACAAACUCCUUACUGCCUUAGCCUGCCUGUUGUUCCUGGCAACCCUCAGCCCUAUCUCUGAGGCAAGAAGGGGAGGAAGCUUUGGUCGUGGCGGGCGGGGCUUUGGUGUCUCUAGUUAUCCUCGAGGGGGGAGUUACCCCCAAGGUAGCAGUUACCCUCGAGGGGGCAGUUACCCCCAGGGGGGGCAGGCAUACCGCCCCAUGGCCCCAUCCCAGAGUGGAGGCUCCAGUGCGGGGAAGGUGGCCGGAGCAGCAGCAGCAGGGGCCCUGGGAGGAGCGGUACUUGGCUCAGCCCUCAGCCGACCAGGGUAUGGAGGAAUGGGCUAUGGGGGCAUGGGUUACGGAGGUAUGGGGUAUGGGGGGUACCCCCGUUAUGGGGGUGGAUAUGGCCCCAGGCCUGGCUAUGAGGGGCCUGAGGGCUCUGGAGAUGUAGAGUACUAUGCAGGGGCAUCCAGUGGACCCAUCUAUAACAGCAUCAUUGUCAUCAUCGGCUCUCUGAUGGCCCUCGUCAUGGGCCACUGGAUGAUCGUGAUUUAGGGAUGGAGGAGAAGAGGGGAGAUGCAGAGAUAAAUACUUACAGUAUAUGGCAACACAACAGGACUCAAACAGACUAAUAGCAUAUGACUCCCACCCAUUCAUC